AAGGGUGACACAACUAGGAGACAGCUCUUCGAUCCCUUCCCCAUCAUUCUGUCUCCAUUCUGGGCACAGAACUUUCCCAGGUUACCUAGUGUAUGUCAUUUGUGAGAGCAAAGUAAUGCAAGCAAGGCUCAGAUAGUUUGAGACAGGAGGUGACAGGAUUCUUUCCUUGGAGUUCCUCUGCGGGAUGAUGCCAAACACACAUGCUGCCAAGAGCAGGGCUUCUUGUUCUAUUCUAGCUUUAAGGAGAAGCUUUGAGGGCUGAAGUAACAACAUGAUGGCAGAAAGCUGGGUUGGUGGCCUUAGGAACCACCUUUGCUGGAAAAGAUGCCACAAGCCAGGUUGCACGCGACUGUGGUGGGUUUCUGCUAGAAACCUCCGAGACGCGAGGCUGUGUGGGCGGGGCCUGUGGGGCGGGGCUCGGGGGUGGAGCGAGCUGGGCUUCUCAGGCAGGCUCCGCUCCAGACUAGUUUAAAAGGCUGGAAGGCGGGUUUCAGGAACUUGUAUCCUGAGAGUGCCAGAGACGAGCCUGUUUGGCACAGCCAUGACCCGGCAGGCAGGGAGCUCUUGGCUCCUCCGUGGUCUCCUACUCUUCGCAUUGAUCGCUUCCGGCGUCGCCCCCUUCAACUGGGAUCUCCCGGAGCCCCGGAGCCGAGCAAGCAAGAUUCGAGUGCACCCUCGGGGCAACCUCUGGGCGACCGGUCACUUCAUGGGCAAAAAGAGUCUGGAACCCCUGAGCCCGUCACUGGUGGGGACAGCACCCCCUAACACCCAGGGGGACCAGAGACUACAGCUGAGUCAUGAUCUACUCAGGAUCCUCCUGCUAAAGAAAGCUCUAGGCAUGAACCUCAGUGGCCCAGCUCCCCCACUCCAGGAAGCUGCUGGAGCCACUACUGCAGAAGUGAAGCCAAUAAUGGAACAAACAGGACGCUGGGCUUAGAAUGUGUCCAUCCAGGGAAGCUGAUGAAUGGAACCCUAGCCGUGGCCUGUCUGGAUGUAAAUCCUAAGCUCAAAUGUGUUACUCUGUUACUGUGAUUUCUGGUUGGGUCACCAGGAAUGUUGACGAUGUAGACACCAAGUCUUUCCUGCUGUAUUUCUUGCUUGCCUGGUAAAGUUGUGAAUAAAAAUACUGCUCUUUACACAGAA